CCACCACUACCACUAUCAAUAAUAAUACUAUCAAUACUAUCAACCUUACUGGCAGUUCAAGUCCAAAUAAUAGACCUAAUUUAGUGCAAAAUUCUAGUUGUAAUUACCAUUACAACUAUAAUCGAAACUCCCUAUCUUCUAGCAAUAACUCAAUACGAUCAAACUCCAGUUCAAUGACUUCAUUGAAGAAUUUUUUUAAUUUCUUUUCAUUUAAUAACAAUUCAAACUCUAGCGCUGUUAAUAGAUUCUCAAUUUAUAAUAAUAAUAGCAAUAGCAAUAAUAAUUUGCAAUUAAGCAAUGAAAAUUUAAAAAUAAACAAAAAUCACUGGGAAAAAAACUCAUCAAGGUCAACGUGCUCAAAUUGUUUAACCUCAUUUACAAUUUUAAAUAGAAAACACCAUUGCCGUUUAUGUGGCAAAAUUUUUUGCUUUAAAUGUCUUGAUAAAAUAAUCAGUUUGGAUCCUGAUUUGAAUUUUAAAUUUGAUGGAACUGGUAUUGAAUCUAAAGUUUGCCAAAGCUGUUAUAAUAAAUUUUCUGAAUACGUUAAUUCUAAAUUAUCUGAAUUUUUUCAACCAAAUCCACUUGAAAAUGAAAAUAAUCUUAAUAAUACUCAUAAUGUUCAUAAUAUCAAUGCUGAUGCUAAUGCUAAUGUUGAUUUUAAUGUUAGUAAUGGUAAUGGUAAUAAAAAUGGUAAUAUUAACAAUUUAAACAAUGGUAAAGAUAUACAAAAUAACGCAGAAGGUAUAUCGGGUUUUAAAAAAUUUAAGAAAAAAAAUAAAUAUCAACAUAAUUUAAAUAAAGGCGAACAACAAGAUAAUUAUUAUUUGUUUAAUCGAGAAGAAAACGAUAAUUUAAUCGAUAGAUUAGCUGGUGAUUACUCAUCAGAUAGUUUUAGUAAUAACUUGGCUCGAAAAGGUGCUGAUCACCAUAGUGGAUCAAACGAUUCUGACGAUGAAUCAGAUUCAGACUAUAGCUAUGAAGAGGAUUAUGCCACUCUUUAUAGCAGCGACAAUGAGGAUUCAAAUAACACAAGUGGCAAAAAUACUGCUAUUAUCAACCAGAGCAAUUCGGAUGUUAAUCAUAACAAUAACUACAAUAAUUACAAUAACUAUAAUAAUACCAACAAUUACAAGAAUCCCAAUACCAAUCAUUAUAAUGGAAACAACAAUACCAAUAAUUUUAAUAAUCCCAAUAAUUUCAAUAAUAAUAAUUAUGCAUAUUACAAAAAGCAGUGAAAUUGUUUUUAAUUUCUGAUUUUUUGUUUCAAUAUUUCAUUUUUUUACUUUCCAAAAAUCUAUUUCACAUAAUUUAAUUUCUCAUUUCUAAUUUCUCAUUUCUCAUUUUUAGUUCUAAUUUUUGUUCUGGUUUUUAUUUCUAAUUGUUAUUUCUACUUGCUAUUUCACAUUCUCUUUUUGUUAUUUUGAGUAACUUUCAUUUUGUUCUGGUGAUAGUUUUAUUUUGUUUGAACGUUCUUUAUCUUUACGACACGACUAACGAAUUUUCCUUCUAUUUUCAGCAAUUCAUUAGCCCAUUUGAUCCUUCUGCUCUUCAUAUAUACUAUAGUAACUAUUCAAUACACACUUGCAUUUCUGCAGCUUUUCUAAUAGCAAAAGAAGCAAAAGAAGCGCAAACAGCAGAAGAAGCACAAAAAAC